AUAUUGGAAGGUCGGCACUAUUUUGAAUUUGCACGUUACACACCUCUGAAUUAAUGCGCAAUGAACGCAGAUGAACCUAAACCGAUGAUCAGUGGUGAUGCAGUCAGUUUAGAAGAGAAAGUGAAACUUGCCUUAGAGGAGAACAUCAAUCUCAAAUCAUAUAUUGAUCGUAUGAAUAAUGAAUGUAUGGAGUUGAAUGCAGCCUUAUUUGAAGAAGCUAAUAAAAUGGUAAAUGAUGCCUUAGCUAAACAACAUUAUGCUGCUAAACAAUUAAAGGAGAAAAUUCAAGAAAAUGAGAUGCUUCAUUCUGAAUUGAGAGCAUUAAAAAAAUUAGUCGGUGAAUUAUCAACGAAUGUUGUAAUUCAAAUGACAAGAAACCCUUUCGGUUCUUCAAGAGUAAAAUAUGACAAUAUCUCAUGUGAUAAAUCACCUGAAGUCUAUCGUAAAUUGGCUAUCUCGAAUGUAUUAGACUCAAAACGGAAUAGUUUACGAAGCAAUGGAUUGGAACAAUUUAAUCGACGUGAUCUGUUGACAGCUAUGCUGACAAAUCAUGCAUGCAAAAACCAUUUGGAUGUUGAUGCAUAUCGAGAAUUUUUAGAAUGGAUAAAAAAUGACUGUCCAUUACACCUACCGAAUAUUGUUUUCGUAGAGUUGAACAGAAAACUACCCAAUAAAAAGAAAGUCAUGAAAAAUACUGAAGAAGCAGCUAACGGGAAAGAAGUCACAGCAGUCAGACGACAGUCUCGUCAAUUGUCACCACUCAAUAACAAUAACAACAAUACAACUAAUAAUAAUAAUAAUGAUAAUAAUGGUAAUGACAUGAUGGAGAAGCAUUCAGGUACACCAAAAUUAUCAAGUAACUCUGUUGUUUUAAAUAAUGCAACCAAUAUUGAAGAUAAUCAUAUUGAUGAUAGUAUCGACAGAAGCAAGCGUACACCUUCACCAACUCAAUUAUUAUUAUCCUCUUCACCUCCACGAUGUCCUAUAAAAAUCAUUACAGUUGGAAAACCACAAUCUAUUGAUCGAAAGAAUAAUGACUGGGAAGAUUCUGUUGCAAACAAUAAUAAUAAUAGUACUAAUAAUAAUUUACAUUCAUUUAAAUUACCAAAAGGCACAGCAGCUCUUCCGUCAUCCAUAUCUUUGAAUCAUUUAAAUACUCCAUUGGCGAAUUAUCAUUCAAAUUUUUUAUAUCGUUUAUAUAAACAAGAUAUUAAACCGUGUUUUGAUUUUACCAGUCCACAGUUACUCUUAUCAAUUUAUCGAGCUCUACCAGAAUUAGCCCUAGAGAUUGUACCGAUAACACCAGAGUUGGGUGGUAGUCUACGCCGUAAUAUCAACAGCCAUGGUAAUGAUAACAACAACAGCAGUAAUAAUAAUAAUAUUAGUAAAACAACAAAAAUCUGUCGAGAAAAUUGUGUAUUACUGCCAAAAUAUGAGGCAGAAUUUCAUAUGAAAAUAAGGACAUCUGAUUCCGAUGAAUUGGACUGUAAAAUAUCUUCACAAGCAAGAGAUAGAAUAGUGUCAGUUGUAAAUUUAUUUCAAUAUUUAAGUAUUAUUAAACGUGGUCUAGCAAGUAGUCCAUAUCUUGGAAGGAAUAGAAAAUCUGUCUCUAAUACCAGUGAUAAUGUCAAUGAUUCAACUUCAACACUGAACAAAACAAAUGACACAAAUGAGGCAAUUUCAAAGAAAAGUGAAAUGAGAGAGCAACAAUUUCGUACAAUACAACGACAUAGAUUAAAUAUCACUCUGGCUAGACUUGGCUAUGGUGCACCAGAUUUAGAAUAGAUAAUAAUAAUAAUAAUCACAACACUUCUUUCUUUGGUUUUGUUUCUAUUUUUCACCUUUUUUAAAAAAAAAAGAUUAUCCACUAUUAUUAUGAUCAUUAUCAUCAUCAUUUUUUUUUGUUUGUUUGAAUCAUAUGAUGGUUUGUUUUCCCGCCUAUUUUGAAUUGUUCUUUUCCUCCAUUUUGUCUAGAUGGCUUUUAUUGAUAAUUUAUCAGUUUGCAUUGUUCAGUGAUUUUGUAAAUAGAAAAAUGUGAAUGUUUUUUGCUUUAGUCAACAUAAUUAUUAAGUCUUUAUGAUUAUUAUUACUAUUACUGUUUAUAAUAUUCCAAGACAGCCCUCUUACUACAACACACAUGCAUUCACAAUGUUUACAUGAAACCAAUUUGGGACAUAUUUAAUUAAAUAUCUGAAUUUGGUAAUUUUGAUGAAUCUACCUACUCACAUUGAUGUUAAAUGAUUGACAUCAAUGAUUGGCACCAAAUUUGUCUACAUGAAUAUUUUUUUGAUUUCUGUCUUGCUUACAAGUUUUGAUAAUUCACAAAUUUCUUUAAUUACUUUAUUUACUACUUGUAUCUGUUUGAUGAUUAAAUUAUUCAACUGGUAGAAGGUAGAAACUCAUGGACUCUGUUGGAUUCUGUCAUAUUGGCUUACUGGUAACACAGGUAUAUCUGGUUCAUCAUUCCUGUGAUAGAGUCAUGAGUAUGUUCUGGUUACUAGUAGUCAGAAGAAAAAUGUGGAUAAAAUGGUGGUUCACUACUUGAAAUUCUCUAAAUGAUGUCGACUAGUAGUGUGUAAUCUGACCUGAAUUGAUUAACAUGUACAAAACUGUUUUGCCUCGAUGAUGAUCUGUUCCAUAUUUUUAAGGCGGGGGAAAUAAUCAAAUUUGUAUUUUUUGACAUUUUGUGUUAUUUGAAAUACUGUCAACUUUGUGCCUUUUGCAAACUAUCGUUAUAACACAAUCAGAGAGAAUAAUUAUUACUAUUUGGUAAAAAAAAUAGCAGAAAAUAUCAUGUGAUUAUUGG